GAAGACGAUUACUCACUAACGAUAUUGAUUACCUCACUUAUACAAAUAUUACACUUUCUAUGUAAAAUAAUGGAAACAAUACUAAUUCUUCGCGCGUAUAAAUAGGAGGCACGCCUAUUGUUCGGCAGGCUGUUUCCUGUCGCGCGCCAGCAGUGCUCUCGGGGGAUCGGCGGCGAGUGGCCAUCGCAGUGCUAUAUCUGCUGGAUAGUGUAUCAUCAUGUUCGGAGUCUACAAACUGUUGGUCCUUACACUCUGCUUCGUCUCUCAGUCGCGGGCGCGCCUGUCCGUCACGGUGAUGGACCGCGACUACGGCAGCGUGCAGCACAGCGACGUGCUCGUCACACACAUCCGCCGCGUGCUGGACAGCAUGGGCGCGCUGCGCGUGACGCUGCACCCGCGCGUGCGCGUGCUCUACGAGCUGCUGCGCCGCGACGCUCGCCUGCGCGUCGACCACGCGCGCCAGCCCACCCCCGCCAGCCUCAGCCGCGACCAGCUGUUCGCGCUCGACUUCCACCGCACGCUCACGCCGGCCUACGACGUUAACAAGCUCAACAGGAUAUUCACCACCACUGAGCGGAACUUCUGAUACACGUACAAUGUUUCAUAGAUAGUGUUAUUUGAAUUUAGGUAGGUAGGCUUUUCAAAUAAAAUAAUUUGUC